GGGCGGGUGGGCGGAGCGGCCCCCCUAGCGGGGGCUGUGGAGCGCGGGGAGGGGGCCGAGCGGGUGGCAAAGCCGGCGCGUGCCCGGCUGGGGGCGGAGGGCGGAGGCCCGCGGGACGGAACAGCCGCGGCGAGUGGCGGCGUCGGCGGAGGGAACCGAGGCGGCGGCGAGCCCGGGGGUCGCGACUUGCAGCGGAGGCGGCGGCAUUGGCGACGGCCGGCCCGGAGGCGGGCGGAGAGCCGGGGCGCAAUGGAGCGGAAGAGGUGGGAGUGCCCGGCGCUCCCGCAGGGCUGGGAGAGGGAAGAAGUGCCCAGGAGGUCGGGGCUGUCGGCCGGCCACAGGGAUGUCUUUUACUAUAGCCCCAGCGGGAAGAAGUUCCGCAGCAAGCCACAGCUGGCGCGCUACCUGGGCGGCUCCAUGGACCUCAGCACGUUCGACUUCCGCACGGGAAAAAUGCUGAUGAACAAGAUGAAUAAGAGCCGCCAGCGCGUGCGCUAUGACUCCUCCAACCAGGUCAAGGCUCUGGCUAAACGCCUCUCUGGCCCCUCCAACCCUCCAUGGACCCCGGUCGGAGCGGCCCGCUGCAGAGUCUUCUCCCCCCAGGGCAAGCCUGACCUGAACACGGCGCUGCCCGUGCGGCAGACCGCAUCCAUCUUCAAGCAGCCGGUGACGAAGAUCACCAAUCAUCCCAGCAACAAGGUCAAAAGCGACCCGCAGAAGGCAGUGGACCAGCCGAGGCAGCUGUUCUGGGAGAAGAAGCUGAGUGGCUUGAGUGCCUUUGACAUCGCCGAGGAGCUGGUCAGAACCAUGGACCUUCCCAAGGGACUGCAGGGGGUGGGCCCAGGCUGCACGGAUGAGACGCUGCUCUCGGCCAUCGCCAGUGCCCUGCACACCAGCACCCUACCCAUCACCGGCCAGCUCUCCGCAGCUGUGGAGAAGAAUCCUGGCGUGUGGCUGAACACUGCUCAGCCACUGUGCAAAGCCUUCAUGGUGACCGACGAUGACAUCAGGAAGCAGGAGGAGCUGGUGCAGCAGGUACGCAAGCGCCUGGAGGAGGCACUGAUGGCCGACAUGCUGGCACACGUGGAGGAGCUGGCCCGUGAUGGGGAGGCACCGCUGGACAAGGCCUGCACGGAAGAGGAUGAGGAUGAGGAUGAGGAGGAUGACGAGCCGGAGCCGGAGCGUGUCUAGACAGAUGCCCUGACCAAGUCCGGGUUGCAAACUGCCUCCAUGGCCUCCUGCAGACUUCCUUCAGCCCUGCCCGGACCAGACAGGGCCAGGCCAGCAGGACGCAGGCCUCUGUCUUCUUCCCAGGGCUCCCUGCUCCCAGGUCUCAGUGCAGGGGGCCCCCAUGGGCCUGGACUUGCUUGCCCGUGCGCUGCCUGGCAAGAAGCCCCACACGGGAAACUGAAGGCCUACUGCACAACUGGGAGGCAGCCUUGGCCAUGGUCGCCUCCCUGCCUCCACCACAGGAAGAGGCCUGCUGUCACCAAGGAGCUGUGAGCUUUGUUGGGCGCUGGAGGAAGGAUCUGGAAAUACACCUGGCUAUGCCUGCCUUGCAGUGUCCCCAACGCCAUUACAGGCCUGGGACUGGACUGCUCCUGUCCAUAGAGCCACUCAGCCUCCCCAGGCUGAGGACCAGCAGCCAACCAGGAAGUCGCUCUCCUUCAAUAAACUGAUGGUAGGAACUUC